AUGGUGGAGCCUCCUCCUACACCCAUCAGAUCAACUCUCACUGAUGACGAGGUCCUCGACAGUAUUAAUCAGUGCCACAUGAUUCGUGAAAAACUUCACAAAUAUCUCUUGAAGAAUCGCUACAUAAGGCCUAAAGUAUUUAUACCGAACUUUCUCAAUUUCGUGUGGAAUGAGCUUCGACUUCAUUUAAUUCGGGUCCUCGUCAUUAUCAUUUGGAGUAUAGAAAAGCUCACGAUUUGGAUGAUAUGGUUACUCAAUUAUAAGGUGUACAACAUGAGCCUUGUGACCAUUUCUCAAGCUUUUAGACAGCUUGAGGUCCGCAUGAGACAGAUCAACUAUUUUCCUGUUCAGUUCCUCUGCUAUUACAACAAAGAAUACCUAUACGACGACAAAAAAAUAGUCUCAAGCUUACAGAUUCCAUUAAAGAACAAAAACUUGAACGUCAACAACUCAAACUAUAUCAACCUAUUCAAUUCAUUGUGGAUGAUUCUCAACGAUGUCAUUUUGGGAAUAACGUUUUGGCGGGUGAUAGAGCCAAACUUAGCUUACCUUGCGUCUUUAUUUGACGAAACCAUUAUUAUCCGUACAUUGGACCAUGAUUUGUACAACUUGGUUUCAUGGGUUUCAUUCAACCAUCCAGCUGGUUUCAAGCUCAACAAUGAACUAGGACUGUUUAUGGGUAAUAUGUUUUUAUGGAGCUUGAAAGUAUGGCAGGAAUUCAUAUCUAGUGGUGCCAUAUACUCAAUAACUGGCUCCAUAUCUCGCGAAUCUGUUGGUCAUAGUCGUGGAAUCAUUGAGCGAAUUAUUCAGGUUUUGUGCUUUUGUGGCUUUUCAUUCUUCUUGGGAGCGGUUGCAGACUUAACCAAUAUCAUCACCUUCCAUAUCUACUGCUGCUACUACAGCUCAACCAGAAUUUUCAAUCGUCAGGUGAACACUAUAAAGUCACUUUGUCAAUUGUUUCGAGGAAAGAAAUACAAUGUCUUGAGAAAAAGAGUUGAUAACUUGGACAACUACUCCAAAGUACCAGCUCAAUACUUUGAAAUUGACCAAAUGUUGGUUGGGACCUUGAUGUUCAUCGUUCUAGUGCUUCUUUUACCCACAAUCUUUGCAUUUUAUGUGAUAUUUUUCUGUGUCCAGAUGGUCAAAUUGGGUAUCAUGAAUUUGAUUGAAAGCAUUCUCAUUGUCCUUAACUUUCUUCCGCUAUUUGUUGUCAUACUCAAGCUCAAAAAUUCGAACCGUUUACAAGGUGGAGUUCACUUAUCAUUCAUGGGUCAAAGCUCAACUACAAAUUACCUCGAUUUGUCCAAUAAGACAUUGACAUAUCAGGAAAUAUUUGCUGAUUUUCUCAAACUUUUCAGGAACAAAAAUGCAAAGAAAAGAACCAAAUUGACAGUACUCUUGUCCUUCUUUGCUGGCGAACCCAUCUCGUUCACCUAUAACGACGAUCUACGAAUUAACUACUUGAUGCUUCCAAGAAACUACCAAAAUACAGCCUCGAUCUGGGAGGGCAUAAUAGCCGGGUCUGAAAGGCAACAACCAAAAAAAUAA